CAAUUAUGGGGUCGAAUUCUGCAUCAGCGACAGCAGGAAAACCCAUUAGAUGCCAAGCUGCAGUGUGCAGAAAAGCAGGGGAACCUCUGAUUAUUGAAGAAAUUGAGGUUGCUCCUCCUACUUCUUGGGAGGUUCGGAUUAAGAUUCUUUGUACUUCCCUAUGCCAUAGUGAUGUUACUUUUUGGAAAUUAUCAGCUGGACCAGUUUCAGCUUUCCCCAGAAUUCUUGGUCAUGAAGCAGCUGGUGUGGUGGAGAGUGUAGGAGAAAAUGUGGAGGAAGUGAAAGAAGGGGACAUCGUAAUACCAGUAUUUCAAAGAAACUGUGGAGAAUGUAGAGAUUGCAAGUGUCCAAAGGGAAAUAUUUGUUCAAAAUUCCCUGAGGAUUUUUACUGUGGAAUGCCAAGAGAUGGAAGCAGCAGGUUCAAGGACAAAAAUGGAGAAAAAUUGUACCAUACAUUAUGUGUUUCCAGCUUUACUGAGUAUACUGUUGUGGAUGUCACACAUGUGGUGAAGAUGAAUCCUGAUUUUCCUAUUGAUAAAGCUUCUUUACUUUCUUGUGGGGUUUCUACAGGACUGGGAGCUGCAUGGAGAGUUGCAGAUAUUGAAGAAGGUUCCACCGUAGCAAUAUUUGGACUAGGAGCCGUGGGACUAGCGGUCGUACAAGGAGCUAAGUUACGUGGAGCUGCAAAAAUAAUAGGUGUCGAUUUAAAUCCAGAAAAAUUUGAAAUUGGGAAGAAGUUUGGACUAACAGAUUUUAUUAACCCUACAACAUGUGGUGAGAAAUCGACUAGCCAGAUAAUAAAAGAGAUGAGUGAUGGUGGAGCUGACUACUGCUUUGAAUGUAUUGGAUUGGCCUCCUUAAUGCAAGAGGCUUUUACUAGUUCUCGCAAGGGUACUGGAAAGACUGUAAUUAUUGGAAUAGAGAUGCACGGCACACCGUUAAGCAUUAACCCUUAUGAAUUGGCGGCCGGAAAAACUAUCACAGGAUCCAUGUUUGGUGGUGUCAAAGCUAAAGUUGACAUUCCCUUAUUUGCUAAUCAAUAUUUGAAUAAUGAGUUGAACUUGGAGGGAUAUAUAACACAUGAAGUUAACUUUGAAGAUAUUAACAAAGCAUUUGACUUACUUGAAGCUGGCAAAACGCUGCGUUGUAUCAUUUGGAUGGGAAAAUAAUCCUGUUAUUUUAAUAACCUUUC